CCACGUCGGCAACGUGUACACCAUGGCUUCCACCGACCCUGCGACGGUGAUCUUUGCCACACAAAGCCGCUUCUUCAGGAGGGACCCCCGCACCGCGGACUGGUUCCUGAUCGGAAAUGUUCCGUUCUUGCUCUUGCUCGUGCUCGGCUACGUUUACGUCGUUAAGAUAGGUGGGCCGCGUUUUAUGAAGGGACGCGCGCCAUUCGAGGGCAUCAAGCCCGUCAUCGUGAUCUACAACGCCACAAUGGUGCUCCUGAACUGCUACUUCGUGAUGGCCUUCCUCUCAAAGACGUACCUGGGCGGUGGCUACAGCUUCUUCUGUCAGGGAAUUGAUUUCGAAGCGCGCGACGAGAAUACUAUGAGUAUGUUGACCCAUUGCUGGAUGUACUUCUGGGUCAGAGUGUUCGACUUUUUGGAUACCGCGUUCUUCGUGCUGCGCAAGAAAGAGUCGCACGUGUCCCUCCUGCACGUGGCCCACCACGUCCUGGUAGUGUCCACCGGUUGGUACGGCCUCGCCUACGGAGCGGACGGCCACACGGCGUUCACCAUCAUCUUCAACAGCUUUGUGCACGUGGUCAUGUACUCUUACUACCUGUUGUCUCUCAUGGGGCCAUCAGUGCGGCGGUACUUGUGGUGGAAGCGAUACCUGACGCAGCUCCAGAUGUUUCAGUUCGUCGUUUUGAUGCUGCACGCGUCGAUUCCGUUGUUCGUGGACUGCGGCUUCCCGAGGGUUCACAUUUUCAUCGGUCUGCCGCAGGGAGUCUUUUUCCUCGUCAUGUUUCUUCGGUUCUACGCAAGUGCCUACAGUCACAGGAAGACGCUCACUGCGCAGAAUGGUUUCGUAAAGAAGAGGAAGUGAACUUGAGACUUUGAUAUGCCAGCGAUUCCUCUUUUCCGAAGCUGAAUCAGGCCGCGAUGUGUUCAAUGGGUUCUGUGAUUAUGAGCAUGUUUCGCUUAUGCUUUCUUUUAAAGAAUGUUUGAGCUUCUCUUGAUAGCAUGCUUCA